UCUUCCUCCAUCGCUAUUCUCUUCAAAAUCUUUCAAAACCAUAAGCGUAUAUCCUUCUUCUUUGAUACAUAAAUACGUUUUGAUAAAAUGGGUAGUCUUGAAUCUGAGUUUUUCACCAUGUCCAAGUCUGUGGAUUCCAAAGAGUUCAAGCCUUUAGACCCUGAAGAAUUUCGUGAAAAAGCCCACAAAGCUGUGGACUUUAUCGCUGAUUACUACAAGAACAUUGAGAACUACCCGGUUCUCAGCCAAGUUCAGCCUGGUUACCUGAGAAACCGGCUACCGAAAACCCCACCGAAUACACCAGAAUCAUUUGACAUCAUCUUAAGAGAUGUACAAAAUGAUAUUAUCCCUGGUAUGACACAUUGGCUGAGUCCAAACUUCUUUGCAUUCUUUCCGGCCACUGUAAGUUCGGCCGCGUUUGUAGGAGAAAUGUUGUGCAAUUGCUUUAACGCAGUUGGAUUCAACUGGCUUGCUUCUCCGGCUGCCACCGAGCUCGAGAUGGUGGUCAUGGAUUGGCUCGCCACCAUGCUCCAGUUGCCGAAAAGCUUCAUGUUUUCGGGUUCUGGAGGUGGGGUUUUACAAUCGACCACAAGCGAGUCGAUCUUGUGCACACUUGUUGCGGCUAGAGAUCGAGUCCUUGAAGAAAUUGGCGUCCAACAUAUAGGGAAAUUAGUCGUGUACGGGUCCGAUCAAACUCACUCAACUUACAUGAAAGUCUGCAAGAUAGCUGGUAUUCAUCCACAUAACAUUCGAUCUUUACCGACCACUGUCGAAGAUGAUUUUUCUCUUUCCCCAAGGCUGCUUCGGAAGGUCAUAGAAGCUGAUGUGGCUCAAGGGUUAGUCCCACUUUAUCUAUGUGCGACCAUGGGGACCACUUCCACUACUGCAAUAGACCCUAUCAAACACCUUGCUAACGUCGCAGUCGAUUAUCGAAUCUGGAUCCACGUCGACGCCGCCUAUGGCGGAAGUGCAUGCAUAUGUCCAGAAUAUCGCCAUUUUCUUGAAGGUGUCGAGCUGGUCGACUCACUGAGUCUUAGCCCGCAUAAAUGGCUACUUACUUAUUUGGAUUGUUGUUGCCUUUGGGUGAAGAACCCGAAUCUUAUCGUCGAUUCACUCAGCACCAAUCCGGAGUACUUGAAAAACAAAAUUAGCGAGUCAGACUCGGUGGUGAGUUACAAAGAUUGGCAAGUUGGUACAGGUAGAAAGUUCAAGUCGCUACGUCUAUGGCUCAUUUUACGUAGCUACGGUGUAACCAACCUACAAAACCACAUCCGCACAGACAUCCAAAUGGCUAAAAUGUUUGAACGGUUUGUACGAUCCGACCCAAGGUUCGAGAUCACGGUGCCACGACGGUUUUCGUUGGUGUGUUUUCGGUUAAAACAAUUCAACGGCUUCGACUCGGCUUACAUUGAGCUCCUUAACAAGAUGUUGUUGGAGCGAGUGAACUCGACAGGGCGAGUUUACAUGACUCACACGGUGGUUGGUGGCGUUUACUUACUGAGGUUUGCAGUAGGAGCAACGCUGACGAAAGAUUGUCAUGUGGUUGCCGCUUGGGAACUAAUAAAGGAGACGACGGAUGCUUUGGUGAAGGAGUGUUAUGCUUAAAUUCUUGAUCUUGGUGUAUCACUAU